CUCACAGACUCUCGCCUCCUCAUGAUCGAGUAGCCAAAGCGGCAACGAAAGUCCCAUGGCCACAAUCGAGAAACCCAAGACUAUCUCCGGCGGUUGUCUUUGCGGGUCGGUCCGGUAUACCAUCACCGUCCCUCAGGACCAUGACUUUGACGAUGCGAUCGGUACCUGCCAGUGCUCGUGGUGCCGCAAGGUGACCGGCUCCCUCAUGUUCCGCUUCCAUCAGUUCAAGAAGGUCGACGUCGUGUUCGACGCCGAUUCGACGCUGCGAACGUAUCAAGCAGCGCCGGGAAACCACCGAGGCUUCUGCUGUAACUGCGGCAGCUACAUAUUCUUCCGCAGAGAAACGAGCAAGCUCAUCAACCUUGCAGUGGGGUGCUUCGACGAUGAUGACUUGCGCAAAUAUGGGCCGCUCCUGACCAAGGAAGGAGGUAACCUAUGGUGCAGAAACGAAAUACCGGGUGUCACGGACCACCUGACUGGUGAGAAGCAUGACACGGGGCCUUCGGAUUGA